AAGUACCAUAACCAUAAGCCAUACGAAGAGAGUGAUUUUUUUCUGUUUUUUGUGGUAGUCCCAGAAUUUUCAACAGUUAAAAGACACCAAUAGCUCCGUCCUAAAUCAUUAUUGGUGCCUACGUACGGAUUGGUUGAAAAUGAUGGAGGACGAGAGCAGUGAGUGUCGAAACCACGCAAGGCUGGGUAUAAUGGAACUGGCUAACAUGAUCAGCGUCCCCAUGUCCCUAAACGCCGUCGUACGCCUCAAAGUAGCGGAUGCCAUCUGGGAUGGCGGUUCCAACACCCCUCUCUCUGCCUCCCAGAUCCUAACACGUCUCCUUCCCUCGGGUGGUGGUGACCCUGAAAACCUCCAACGCAUCCUCCGCAUGCUCUCCAGCUACGGUGUGUUCACCGAGCACCUCAACGGUUCCAAGAGAAACUACUCUCUCACCGACGUCGGCAAAACACUCGUCACUGAUUCUGAAGGUCUAUCCUACGCGCCUUACGUGCUUCAACACCAUCAGGACGCGCUGAUGAGAGCGUGGCCAUUGGUACAUGACGCAGUGCUGGACCCUUCGACGGAGCCGUUCGUGAAAGCGAAUGGUGAACCGGCGUACGGAUACUACGGGAAGAAGCCGGAAAUGAACGGGUUGAUGCAGAAGGCGAUGUCGGGUGUAUCUGUGCCAUUCAUGAAGGCGAUAUUGGAAGGCUAUAAUGGAUUUGAAGGGGUGGAGAGAUUGGUGGAUGUGGGUGGGAGUGGAGGGGAUUGCCUGAGGAUGAUCCUACUCAAGCAUCCUAAUGUACGACAAGGAAUCAACUUUGAUUUGCCUGAGGUUGUGGCUAAGGCUCCUCAAAUUCCUGGAGUGACCCACGUUGGUGGUGACAUGUUUAAGUCGAUUCCUCGUGGUGACGCCAUUUUCAUGAAGUGGGUUCUAACAACAUGGACGGAUGAUGAAUGCAAGCUGAUUAUGCAGAAUUGUAACAAGGCACUUCCAGAAGGAGGCAAAUUGAUAGCAUGCGAGCCGGUGUUACCAAAAGAGACAGAUGACAGUCAUAGAACUCGUGCCCUCCUAGAAGGAGACAUAUUUGUCAUGACCGUCUAUAGGGCCAAAGGCAAGCAUAGGACUGAAGAAGAAUUCAGGCGGCUUGGUCUCUCUUCUGGUUUCCCCAAUUUCCGAGCAGUCUAUAUCGAUUACUUCUAUACCGUAUUAGAAUUCCAAAAGUGAAUGCUCCUCUGUAUGGGAUUGAUGAUCUAAUGGCAUGAACUAUCUGGCAAAGUACUACAUAACUAAGGGCACAAAAACAAUAAGUAGAACUGUGUUAACUUGCUCCACCUUCCAAAUUCGCAGUGUCCCAUUUGAUAUGAAUUAUAAGUUUCUCUGCUGUUGGAGAACUGUGUUAACUUGCUCUGCUAUUUUGAAAGGAAAAAAAGUGCAGACAUAAGAAGGAAAUAGUGUAGUUCUUGAUCUGUUUUCUUUAUUUGUUGGUUUAUUAUCAGACUUGUUAUUAUAUCCUAUGACUUUGGUUAUUGGACAAUGAAUUUUAGGUA